AUGGUCCCACGCGGGGUACACGCAUUUUCCGGCAUGAAGAUUGUACCCAUCCAUCAGCCGUCAUCUACACUCACUAAAUCGUUCUCGUCGUCCUUAUCGUCAGAGAAGUGGAUUUCUUCAUCGCAGUUGUCAUCGAUAUUAUCAGACCACGCCUAUGUUCUGAGACCUCCUGACGGAGGCCUUGAGGAUGAUAUGGCCUGGAGUAAUGGUGGCAAUGAACCUUCAGUUAGCGUCGACAAAGGGAAUGAAGUGUUCAGCAGACGAAUGAUUGGCUUACAAAACACAACAGAAUGCGGGGAUGCGGAUUUUCUGAGUGGUUUAGACGAUCUGGACUUUGACCUUGAACCUUGUGAGGAUGUCGACAUGGCCGAGAGCUUUCAGGAGUUCAUCGACUCGGCUCUGGAGGACUCCUGCUGCUCGUUUAGCGGUGAGUCCACACAACAGCCUGAACUGGGUGUUGAAGACAUCAGCAAAGAGGAGUUCCUCUCAUCACUUUGCCUGAGGUCAACCCAAGUCCAGGCUAGCAACAGUGACCUACAGUCAUCACUAUGUGAAAAAGCACCAGACAGUUCCUGCUCAGUUAUGUCUGCUGACGAGGACGCUCAGUUAUUGGACGCAGUGCCAACGAAAAGAUGUUGCUGUAUGGUUUCUCAAACAUUCCCUACAACAGUUUACUCCAUGGCGCGGGAUGGUUUGCAAAGCCUUGUCCGUACCAGUCCAAGCUCACUAGUUACUAAUAUCAGCGAUAACUCCUGCAGGAACUGUUUAGAAAAUAGACUGACGGCUAGGAGAGUUAUGUCUCCCUUGUUCAUUGACACCUCGUUCGGCGAAUGUUCUCAAUCACUGCAGUCCUCAUCUGGAGAUUAUGUCGACACCUCCGUGUUUGGACAGGAUUCUUCAGGCACUGACGAUAACAGUGAUACCACAGACGUUACAGCUUGGCUAACAGAAAGUCCACAGUCCAACUGCUACACCGAUUGUCUGAAUGAGUCUUGUGACAACAUAGUCUUCGCAAUGUCAGAAAAUUCCACAUCUUCUCUUGAUUUAGAAUCUUUUGUAGAUUUAGACGAUUACAUGGAUGAAGAUUUGCAACAACGAAGAGCGCUUGGUUAUCCCUGUGAUAAUUCUCAGUUGCAUCCUGCAAAUAAAGACACACAACAAACAUCACUCCUGGAGAAGCAGCAGAAUCACAAGCGAUAUUCUAGUUUCGAAUUUAGCCCGCAUUUUAGCUUCUGCCAGAGUGUUUCUCCGGGCAGUCGUAGAUCUGAAUCCUCCAACUUGUCGCCCUGUAGCUCCCCCGCCUGGUCAGUGACCGACGCUUCUCAGCUGUCCCCACUAGGCAGCUUGCAUCCCUCGGAGUCUGGACCCUUGGACAACAUCGAGGAAGACUUUUCUUUGAAAGGUCAGCUCGCACUUCUGAACCUAUUUUCCGAGGAAAACGCCGAGUCUCUGCUUCUGGCUGAGUCGUCUGUGCCAACAAUUAGAUUCAUGUAA